GUCAGGGAAUCAUCCAUGGGAUGGCAUGGAUGUGGAUAUCGAAGGGCUGUCAGCCAAAGCACCGUCACCAUCGGUCGCGCAGGUGCCCCGCUUGGAGGGGUUGACGAUAAUGAGUGGAAUCAGCAACGCUGUCGUCCGAUGUUUCCGGACGGAAUACUAGACUGCACAGAGUGCUCUGUGACAGCGAUGAUCAAACAGGGGUGCUGUUACUUCGCCUUUAUUAGACGGCAUGUGGUGUAUGCGGUUGAGGCGGCGGAUGCCAUUGCAGGCCCGAUGGCAGAAUGCGAUGCUGCACAGAAGAGUGAAUGCCAGCUCCUGCGGCGCCCGCCAGAUGCAGGCAAGAUUGGCGCUCAGCGUCGGACGGAUGUCUCGUGUAUCUGCCUCUAGGGGCUCGCGGAUUGAAUUGCGAAAUCUCAGGGGCGACCUCCCCGCGGCAGGCCAGGCUCGUAGGGCCCGAGUCUGCGUGUUCGGCAGCCUCUCACCGGCAACGACAGCCGUGUUUUGCCCCCUCCUAUUCUCGCAUUGGGCUAAGGGCUGCAUGCCGAGGCGAGGGCGACGAUGGAUUGCGGACACCAGCCAUUGGCCUCCUUGCACGUUACUACAACAGGUCACACGCUGGGCCCUCGAGACCGGCGAGCCAGCAGAGGCCUGCGAGCGCGCGUCGUGCUGCUGUGCGCGGACGGCUCUUCUUAUCGAGGGCGGAGGAAUGAGGGCUGUGGCCACCGACGUCAUCUCUGCCGCUCAGGCCAAUUUGCCUCCCCGAUGCUGCGGCUUUGUAUCAAAUCAUUGUCUAGCGGACGCCCAGCGCGCGCACAAAGCAGCCCGCUCGCCUAGCGGACACCCGCUGCGUAGGCUAGCACGGGGAAGGGAAUGCAGACGGGGCAAGGGACAGGGUGCAUCGCUAAUCCUGUAGCGCAGUGAAACGGAAGACCAGGUCUUCUUUGUACAUGAUUAUCGCCGAUUUGGUUUUACCAGACCACGAAUAAUCUAACAGCGCAGCGCUUUUGCCUGUGGCCGUUUCCAUCUGCGCUCCUUCUCUCCACCGCUGCUUUUCGUGAACGCCCCGUAUCGCCUCGUUAGUGCGCCUAUUCUAGACCUUCACUCGGCCUCCCUCCCUCGACUAGCAGGAGC